AUGAGCGCGAGCAGGUUUCUCUGCGACCACGACCACAUAUCUCGCGCAGGCGUUCGCAAGCCCUUCGGGAAAGGACAUGGUGGUGUUCAACGUGAGGAGGGUAGCGGUUCUGGCGCUUUGCACCUUCUGCCAUGUUCCCGGGCGCGGGACGCUGGUGAUGUUGCUGUCUUUGAUGGCCUUGAUGUUGGUCGAGAGGGACUCUUGGCCCCGUGGCGCUGUGCGUUUGAGACGUUUGUCCCGGCUGCGACAUUUUCCCGCCCAACGCUGCCGUCCCCCGUUCCUGGCGACUUUGCCGUACGCCAUGUAUGCCUCUGUCAUCUUGGCGCGUUGGCACGGCUCCAACUCUGGCAGAUGAAGGUGGAAGACGACGAUGCGGGCAGCAGGGCCGACGAGCCUCGCGACAAAGACGAGCCGAAACCGGACAAGCAAGGCGAGGAAAUUAAACCGAGUACAGAGGCGAUGAGCAUGGAGUCUUUAGACGGCGGACAUGACAUCUCAGACGACAAGCCCAGCAGAACAGGCCAACUCGUCUGCCCAACAGCUAGUAACAAGUCAUGCGUGCACAUACGCAUCAAUUCGCGUUGCCCGUUUGCGGCACUUUGA